AUGACGUUGCUAUGGAAACAGCUUCUACUAUUAUCAAUCAUCGACCGUCUGGCAGACUGUCUGGACAGUGGAUCAUAUCAUGGUCCAAGAUGGAGGAUGGAGCCAGGUGACUUGUUCAUUCCUGUCGACUCCAUAGAGGAAGAAGCUACUCUGACCUGUGACGCUAAGGGGACACCACCUCCACAGUACAGAUGGUCAUUGAAUGGGACUCACAUAAAUCUGGGCCUGGAUCGCCGGCGGCGUCUGUCUGGGGGCAACCUCAUUAUAAGCAGUCUGGACCGCCAGCAGGAUGUAGGGCUGUACCAGUGUAUGGCCUACAACACUGUAGGAGCUAUCCUCAGCAGGAGAGCAAGUCUGCAGUUUGCCUACUUAGAUCAUUUCAAAGUCCAUACCAGAAGCGCGGUGUCAGUCCGAGAGGGACAAGGAGUGGUGUUACUUUGUGGAACGCCUACUUCCUCAGGAGACCUUACUUAUGCAUGGGUCUUCAAUGAGUACCCGUACUUUGUUCAGCAAGACAAUCGGCGUUUCGUCUCCCAGCAGACGGGAAACCUUUACAUCGCCAAGGUGGAGCCCUCCGAUGUGGGUAACUACACUUGUGUGGUGAUGAACAGCAUCACAAAGGGCAAAGUUCACAGCUCACCUACGUCUUUGAUCCUCAGGACAGAUGGAGUGAUGGGUGAAUACGAGCCGAAAAUAGAAGUUAAUUUCCCAGACAAUGUACCCGCCGCAAAAGGAUCAACAGUUACGCUGGAGUGUUUCGCCCUUGGGAACCCGGUCCCGGAGAUCACCUGGAAGAGAGCUAACGGCGUUCCCUUCCCCAGCAAAGUCAAAAUGAAGUACUCGAAAGCCGUGCUGGAGCUCCCCAGCUUCCAGCAGGACGACACGGGAGGGUACGAGUGCGUGGCUGAGAACAAGAUGGGGAAGAACACGGCCGCCGGUCGACUGGCCUUCUAUGCCAAGCCUCAGUGGAUCCAGACCAUGAAGGACACGGCCCUGGCCAUAGAGGAGAGGCUGUACUGGGAGUGUCGAGCCAAUGGCAAGCCCAAACCCUCCUACACGUGGCUGAAGAACGGCCAGCCGCUCCUCUCAGAGGACAGGGUCCAUGUGGAGGAUGGAGUCCUGUCGGUGUCAGCGCUGACACUAUCUGAUGCCGGCAUGUACCAAUGCGUGGCUGAGAAUAAACACGGCGUCAUAUAUUUUGCUGCUGAACUAAUGGUUUUAGCCUCUCCUCCAGACUUCACAGGGAACGUCCUCAGAGCUUUGCUCAAAGCCAAGGCAGGAACUACAGUGACUUUGGAGUGUAAACCCCAGGCCUAUCCCAUCGCCAGCAUUUUAUGGAAGAAAGGAAACCUGCCUGUCCACACCAAUGACAGGAUCACACUUUCCCCAGAUGGAACGCUGAGGCUCGCCAACGUGAGCAAGUCCGAUGCAGGCAGCUACACGUGCUUCGCUAGGAAUAGAUUUGGCAUGUCGAGUACAACAGGAAGGCUCCUUGUUACCGAUCCAACCAGAAUCAUCCAGGGGCCAGUGGACAUGGAGAUCAUUGUGGGCGAGAGCAUCGUGUUACCGUGUCAGGUCACCAGCGAUCCCGUCCUUGACGUUUCUUUCUCCUGGGCCUUCAACGGACAGCUCAUCGCCAAGGGAGACGGUCACUUUGAGCUAGUGGGUGGGAGAACAGCAGGAGAUCUGAUGAUAAGGAACAUUCAGCUUUACCAUGCCGGCAAAUAUAUCUGUGUGGUGGACACGGACGUGGAGAGCCUGUCAGCUGUGGCUGUAUUGAUUGUGAAAGGCCCCCCCAGCCCACCAGACUCCGUGACGGUGGAGGAGGUGACAGACAGUACAGCCCAGCUGACCUGGAGCCCCGGCAGAGACAACGGCAGCCCCAUCACCAAUUACCUCAUCCAGACCAGAACUCCCUUCACUGUGGGCUGGCAGAGGGUUAACACAGUCCCUGAGAUAAUAGAUGGGAACACACUGACAGCCACUGUGGUGGACCUCAAUGCCUGGGUGGAGUAUGAGUUUCGGGUUUUGGCCAGGAACAGCGUUGGGGUUGGAGAACCCAGCCCUGUGUCCGUCAAGACCAGGACUGAGGACGCAGUUCCUGAUGCGGCGCCAGGUGAUGUGGGUGGAGGAGGCGGGAGCAGAUCUGAACUGGUCAUCACAUGGGAGCCUGUCCCCGAAGAACUACAGAAUGGUGAGAGCUUUGGUUACAUCAUUGCUUUCCGCGCCUUCGGAGAAGUUAGCUGGACUCACGUGGCCACCUCUGCCCCCGGUGCAUCACGCUAUGUGUACCGCAACGACAGCAUCGCGCCCUUCUCUCCAUUCCAUGUCAAAGUUGGCACUUACAACAGCAAAGGGCAGGGUCCUUUCAGCCCCGUGGUCACCAUCUACUCUGCAGAGAUCGAGCCAAGUGGGAUGCCAGCAGGGGUUUGGGCCAGAAGUGUCUCAGCCUCUGAGAUUGAGGUGAAUUGGCAGGCUCUCUCCUUCACCCCUGAAAGGGUUCUGGGCUACGAGGUGGUUUACUGGGAAGACGACACUAAACCAGAGACCAUGGGGAAGGUUAGGGUGCCUUGGAACCAAACCUCGGUCACGGUGAGCGGCCUGGCGGGAAACACGCAGUAUUUCCUAACAGUCAGCGCCUUCAACACAGCGGGCACCGGCCCCUUCCUCCCUGCAAUCAAUGUUACCACAAAAAAGCCACCACCAGCCCAACCUCCGCUCAAUGUUGAAUGGACCCUAAUUGGCUCUCAACUGUCUCUUUACUGGGAGCCUGUGGUGGCAAUGGAAUCAGAGUCUGAAGUUACAGGCUACCAACUGUCAUACAGGAGACAGAGACACAAAGACGUAAACACACUCACAACAGCCAAUUCAACAGCGGAGCUGACCCUCCCCGACGACGACGACGACUACAUCAUCCACAUUCAGACGCUGAGUGAAGGAGGGCUGGGCCCGGCCUCGGAUCCCAUACGAAUCCACCAAUUAAGUAUGAGUGCCCGUGGCUCGAGAGCCUGGAGUGUGGACAUCUCCCCCCUCUCCCUGCUCCUCGCCAUUGCAAUAUCAACAUUGAGGUCAACGUCGUGA